AUGCUACGACCAGGAAAAAUGCGAUUCUGGCUAGCGGCAGCAGCCGCAUGCUAUGCCCUCGGCGUGGUGGUGGCGGUCGUGCGGGCUUGGAGGGCUGGGGGGGGGAAGAGUAUCUACCCUGGUCGAGCCUCGCGUGACAAGCUGCUGGCCGUUGUAGUGCCGGUCUACGAUGGCGACCAGGACGAUGCGAUGGGAGCCCUGUCCAAGUGGCCAGAGACCUGUCACGAUAACACGCUGUAUGGUAUGGACCUGGUGAUCUACAAGGCCGAAGAUCUUGCGGACGCCGACCACCUACCUCAGGUCCCUCAUCAGGCAUCCAGAUGCUUCCGGCGAACAAAGACUAUUGACGCAAGGCUUCUUCCAGAGGCCGCAGACACUCUAGGAUCCCGAUGGCUACGACCGGAUGAUUGGAUUAAUGAAAUACUGUCGACGAGUGAAGACCGCCAGAUAACGAACGUUGGACACUUCGACGUCAGCGACCAGCAUGUGGCACAGGCCGUUGCACAGGAGACGCUGUUCAUCCACGGCAGCUCUCAAAGUGAAGGGAGUCUCGCGCAUUCCAUCAACGACUUCGGACGUCCAAUGGGAGCACUUCCCAUCGAUGCCAAUAGCCUUGACUGUACCAGCGCUUGUGGGUCGGCACUUUCGGGCAAGAUCGGGACUGGCGUAUCAACCUUUUGUGACGAAAGUUGCGCCACUGCUUGGUCGCCGGCAGGACCGCGCUUGGGCGGUCACGAUUGCGGUGCGGGUGACCCAUUGCAGUUCGGGGGUACCUGCAGGUUGUGCUACACAGAUGAGGAGCUAGCCUUGGUCGCAGACCGCAAGCUGGCGUCGUCGUCGGCGAAUCCCUCGAAACCAGAUGCGCAUGUGGUGAUGUGCGACACGACGCAGCCGCCCCCGGCUUCGAGCUGCACAACUGCAUGCCAGGACGCCUCCGAUACGGUGAGACUCUUCCUUCCAUUGGUGAGCCUGGGGUAG